ACUAAUACAAAUGGCACAUGAUUAGACCAAUCACAAUGAAUAACGUGAUUGUAUAAGCCAAUCAGCGUCAUCCUGUAGACCGACCAGUUAGCACCUGAAUAACACAGAAGUUAUAGAGAACCUAGUCAUCUUCAUCAUGGCCUCUGGAGCUUUGUUCCCCAGCAUGGUGUCUGGGUCACGUGGUUCCUCCAGCAAGUACCUGGUGGAGUUCCGAGCUGGUAAGAUGACCAUGAAGGGCAGCACUGUGACCCCUGACAAGCGCAAGGGUCAAGUGUACAUUCAGCAGACCGACGACUCCCUCAUCCACUUCUGCUGGAAGGAUCGCACCACUGGAAAUGUGGAUGAUGACCUGAUCAUCUUCCCUGAUGACUGUGAGUUUAAACGGGUCAACCAGUGCACCGCUGGACGUGUCUAUGUUCUGAAAUUCAAAGCUGGAUCCAAAAGACUGUUCUUCUGGAUGCAGGAGCCCAAGACCGACAAGGAUGAGGAGCACUGUCGUAAAGUGAACGAGUAUCUCAAUAACCCGCCCAUUCCUGGUGCUCUUGGCAGUGGCGGCAGUGGAGGGCAUGAUCUGUCUGCUCUGGGAGGUGAGGGUGGUCUGCAGAGCCUUCUGGGUAAUAUGAGCCACAAUCAGCUCAUGCAGCUGAUUGGACCAACUGGACUUGGUGGCAUCGGGGGUCUUGGCGCACUUGCUGGUCCAGGUUUAGCCAACCUUUUGGGCAGCAGCAGCAGCAGCAGUGUUCCUUCUGCUAGUAACUCCUCCACAAGCCCGUCCACAGUGGUCACCCCCACCUCUACGUCUGCUACCAGUCGAAUUGGCUCCUCACAGGCUCCCACCACACCUGUCAAUGCCUCUGCAACCUCAGCAGCCUCUCCGCCUGCGAGCACACCGACCACCCCUGCUGUGACUGCAACAGCAAGUGUGGCAGAAACGGCAGCGGCGGCGACAGGAAACCCUACCCAGCCCAUCCAGUUGAGAGACCUGCAGACCAUCCUGGCAACCAUGAAUGUGCCUGCCAGCGGCUCAGGAGUGGACCUGGCCAGUGUUCUGACACCAGAGGUGAUGGCUCCUAUCCUGGCCAACCCUGAGGUGCAGCAGAGGCUGACGCCCUUCCUGCCCACAGGGGAGUCACUGCUUCAGAGCACAGAUGAGCUCCACAACACGCUCGGCUCACCCCAAUUUCAGCAGGCUAUGAGCAUGUUCAGCAGCGCUCUGGCUUCAGGGCAGUUGGGGCCUCUAAUGAACCAGUUUGGUUUGCCGGCAGAGGCUGUGGAUGCUGCAAACAACGGAGAUGUGGAGGCUUUUGCCAAAGCAAUGGAGACCGAGACAAAGUCCGAAGACGGUGGAGAUUCCAAAGACAAAAAGGACAAAGAUGAGGACAUGAGCUUAGACUAAUAACCCUUUUGGAAAAAUGUAUUUAUUUAGCCGUCACAGCUUCUGGAACACAUUUGAAGAAUAAAUAUAUUACACUGAAUGAACACAA